GCUAGGGACUCAGGAUCCUGAGAGUAAACAUCAUUAACUCACCUUAGAGAUUAGAGGGCUUGUCACAGCAAGUCCACAGGCUCGGCCCACACCUGGCGUCGGCCUGAGAGAGGCCGGGGGUGGGGCAGACGGCACCUUGGUCUCCUGGCCCAUGGGAGCCCCCGGCAAGCCAAGCCAGGCCCCGCUGGAGGGCUGGCAGGAACGUGCAACAGAUGCCGGGGUGUGACUGUGGCCGGAAUGUGCAGUCCAGGUGUGUGCUGCUAUUCCUGUCUGACCUCACCCCCUGUCUCCCUGCCCUCCCUCCACCCAUGCGGGCCGCACAGGCCAGGCUCAGGUGGCAGUCCCUAAACACAGACCCACUCUUGGCUUUCAUCUCCUUGUGCCUUGCAGGUGACUUCCCUGGCAACACCACCCAGGCUCCUGGCCCCUUUCUGGGCCCCGGCCCGGAGCAGCUCCCCACCCCAGCAGGAGCGAGGGCUGCCUCUGUGCCGGGUACCAGCCAGGGCCCCCAGGACCCGCCCCCGCGGCUGAAACUGACCGAGGCGGUCAGGGUGCUCUGCGAGAUUGAGAAGGUGGCCAUCGCCAUCCAGAGGCGCUUCCUGCAGCAGGAAUCCAUCCCCGAGUCUUCCCUGUACCUGGGACACCCAUCCUGCAAUGUGAGCGACCACAACAGCACACACGUGCUCCUGGUGGCCGGGUGGACCGAGUGCGGAACCGUUGUGCAAAGUAACGUGACGAACACGGUGGUGAGGACCAUGCUGAGGAACGACCUGUCCCCCGAGGGCAUCAUCCACCACCUGAAGAUCCUGAGCCCCAUCCACUGUGCCUUCCAGAACGACCUCCUGACGUCAUCGGGCUACACUCCGGAGUGGGGGGUUUACACCAUUAUCGAGGACCUCCACGGCGCUGGCAGUUUUGUCACCGAGAUGCAGUUAUUUAUUGGGGAUUCUCCUAUACCUCAAAAUUACAGCGUGUCUGCCAGCGACGACAUCAAGAUUGAAGUGGGGCUCUGUAAUCAGAAGAGCAACCUCAAGGUGGUCCUGACCGAGUGCUGGGCGACGCCAUCCAGCAAUGCCAGGGACCCGGUCACGUUCGGCUUCAUCAACAACAGCUGCCCCAUCCCCAACACGCACACGAAAGUGCUCGAGAACGGGGAUUCCAGCAAGGCCCAGUUUAAGCUGAAAAUCUUCUCUUUCAUCAACAACUCCAUCGUCUAUCUGCACUGCAGACUUCGCAUUUGCAUGGACUCCCCUGGGACCACGUGCAAAAUAAUCUUGCAGAAAAAAGGACUGAAAGGCACACUGACGCCCAGAUGACUAUCAGCUAAGGGCGAACACCAGCCUGCACCUGUUCCAAAAGCCCCUCAGAAAUACGAAGAGAAUUAAUACCACAACCAGCUCUGCAAGGAGCUGCGAGUCUUCAGAUUCUUUAUGAUAUGGCUUUCCACAUUCCUGUCCACGUUCUCGUAGGAGGGGUGCUGUGUUGGCGUCCUGUGGCUGCAAGAACAAAGUACCCCGGAGCCCCUGAAACAGCAGGAAUGCAUCCUCUGAGGGGCUGGAGACAGGAAGUCCAAGAUCAGGGUGUGGCCAGGGCCGGCUCCCCCUGAGGCUGUGAGGGAGACUCAUUCCAGGCUCUGUCCUUGGCGUGUCUUCACAGCUUCCUUUGCGUGUGUCUGUGUUCAACAUCCCCUUUUCAUAAGGACACAGUCAUGUAGGACUAGGACCGCCCCCUAAUGACCUCACCUUAACUUCAUCUGCAAAGACCCUGUUUCCAAAUAAGGUCACAUCCGCAGGUACUGGGCGCUAGGGCGUCAACAUCUUUUAGCGGGGAAUAAAGCAGGUGUAUAGUGAGCGGGUCCGACCACGUCCCUGAACCUCUCUGGGAGGCAGAGGUGUGGAAAGGAGCAUGCAGCUGCAGCAGGCCACGGAGAAGGUCAAGGUGACUCAAAGCCAACGGAGGGCCCGAGCGGCCAAGGGGCCCGGGCUUGGAGACGGCUCAGCAGGUGCUCUCUCGAACCUCGCUUCCUGCAGCCCCUGCUGCCCACCCUCCCUCCUGUCACACCGGCAGAGCCCCGUGGUCCAGGGCCCUCAUGCCCUCCGCUGUCUGAGCUCAUCCGGCGGGUUUACAACGUACAGACCAGAGUCUCACCCUGACAGAGACCGCAUUUCUCAGAGCUGAUGAG